AUGAGAAGAUGGCUCCCACUAAGGACAUCGAGAUAUGCGUACUCUCGCUCGCCGAGGUCAAGAUGCUUAAGCACUAUCGCCUCCGCUUUCCAUGAUGUAGAACGGGUCAGUGUCCGCUGCGGCUCGUCCGGUCACGUCCUCGUCGAUCUACAUAAUAUUGCCAAGAUCUCGUCCUCAGAGCCGCUGCUGGUGUAUCUACCCCCAUACGUGUCUACAGGCGGUAUAACGCAGUUACCCAAGUUCUGUCAGGGCUAUGCGACGGCGGUGAUACACUACCGCUGGACGGGAGCGUCUCCCGAGGAGAAGGAAAACGCCUCCACUGGGUUGGAUGAAGAUGGUGGAAGCAAUGACUUCUUCCACCCGGGCUGGCCCGCUCCUAUCCACGAUACGCUCAAGGCGUACAGCUGGAUCACCCAGAACCUCACGCCUCCCACAUACACUCGUCGGGACAUAUACGUGUACGGCUCCCACCUCGGCGCCUCGUUGGCCACCUCGCUGGCUCUCACAGAGACGCACCCCCACGAGCGGAUGGGCGUCCGCGGGUGUAUUGCCUACAAUGGGAUAUACAACUGGACCAUGUUUCUGCCCGACCACCCCAUCAACAAGCUGCCAAACCUGCGGUCGAUCAACGUCCUCGAGGAGAUCCUGGCACAGCCGGGGGAUCCCAGCUUCCAGGAUCUGAAGCACCAGGCCGAAGAGCUGUUCAAGAAGCCCGACAACCUCUUCGACCCGUUCGCGAGCCCCUGUCUCUUCUUCCACACCCCGGGACUGCUAGUACCCCCGUCUUUCGACGCCUCGGCCAUACCGCCCGAAUCGGCAUCAUCGACAUCCUCGGCUCUGCUUGAAGGCGCGAUGCUCGGGACGUCGUCGACCAACACGUUCAAGCCCCCGCGGAGGAGCCCCCUCGGCUUCCCGCCGCGACAAUCGACCCUCAAGAUCCCCGAGAUGCUGCUGCUGCACGACACGCCGCCCCCGCUGCCGCCGUCGCUUCUGCGGCGACGCCAGAGGCGCAAGAAGGAGUUUCUCGGCAACAGCUUCGGCGCCCAGGCGGAGGAGCUGGCGAGGCUGAUGCAGAGGAGCAUCAACAAGAUCGAGAUGAAGGAGCGGCUGAAGUGGGACGACAGCUUCGACGGCCUCGACGAAGAGGCUAAUCGGAGGGUGCAGGUGUACGAUGUAGGGGUUAACGCUGGGUGUGGUGGGCUCUAUGGCGAGGGGAGCGACCUGGCUGCCAUGUGGCUGGACGAGCGCAUAGCUAAGAGAUAUUGA